CUCAUUAACAUUCCCUGUCCGUACACUCAGCACGAAAACCUCUCUCUUUUUUUUUUUUUUUAGUGGGUGGCACCGGCGUUCUGCGCGCCUCUUAAUUGCGCACCGUGCGUUAAAGGAGCGAUCGCGGAUCACGCUGCCUGGAGGCGGACAGUCGCUCCCGGUGUUCGUUCACGGCAGCGGGGAGAGGUGAGGGUUGGGCGCCAGAAGGUCCGGAGGUCCAAGGGAAGGGUGUCGCCCUGCGCAUCGAGUCCAAGCGCCCCGGACACCACCGUGGAAGCCACAGCGACGCGAUCCGCUCCCGCAGUCCGCCGCCGGGGCUCCUGAUUCUGACAUUUCUACGGGCAACAUGUGCGCCAGGACGGUGUGAAGAAGUGUGACACGGCGGCUUUUGGGGAGCAUUUCUCUCGGAUACGCCAAGUACCCGACGAUACGGCGCACCUUGUGUAAUAGAUCUCAUCCAAACCAUGCUGAGUGUGGCCCGUUCCUCUACUGUUUACCUAUUCAUUAAUUCAGCCAUGAGCGAUGGCACGAUCCUACCAAAGCUCCUCAUCCUCUGAGAACCAUGAGCACUGUGGAGGAGGAGCCGGACCACAUGAUACCAUGAAGACAAGCCUGCAGGUCCUGCGCUGCCAGCUGCUGAGUGUUCUAGCAUUCCUAGCACUGCCAGUAGGCCUGGUGUCAUCAGCACAGGAGCUGUACCUCAGCCAGACGUCCCAGGACUCUGUCUCCAUGGCAGCCACCCACAACAUCCCCCUGUCUCCCCCGAAACCUCCCCGACUGGAAUGGCAUCAGGAAGGCUCCAGUAGCGGAGAGUGGUCAUCCAAAAGCACGCAGCCCGCAAACAUCAUCCCUCCUACUGCUGCCGUCCCUCCUUUAGCUUCGCUUCGUACCACCCAGACUUCCAGCCGCGAGGAUCCUCCCGUCUACGACACGAAUACUGUCACCCCAAACACUGUGAGCACUGACAGCCGUGUGAAUCUGCCCGACUCUGAUACUGUAAACCAAGGCCUCAUGCACAAACCGGUCAGGGUACCUCAAGUCCAUAACCCAGUUAUUGUCAGCACUAACCAGGCCAGCAGCAGGAGCCCUAAAUUUUCCAGCACAGCGAUCCCAAAUAUAGAUGUGGAAUCUGCUGUGAGAGGGGCUCCAAACCCCCUCGCGUCCAGCUCUGGAUCAGACAGAGGGGAUACACUCGAUGCACACCACUUAGGGCCUCAGAAGCUGAGUGUAGAGGAACCUGUUGACCCCAGUCUGCAGCCUUCCUCCCUCUCCUCUUCCUCAGUGGACGCCGAUGCUGCACGAGGCCUGAAACUCAGGGAGCACGCUGCAGGAACCCAUGAGCGGGUCGCCCACCACACCAUCACCCAGCGGGAGGUGCACGGAGUGAACGAAAACCCCACCGAUGAGCUAACGUUGGAGCCACAGGGAGUAUCUGCGGGUCCGAUUGAGAGUCCACUAGAGAACCUAACCUCCACUGCGUCCACCCCGGCCCAAUCCACAGAGCCGAGCCUCAAGUCACAGAACCCAACAGGCAUCUCAAUCAACCACACUGCAGCCAACGAGACCAGCACUGAGGAAGGUCGUGUUGUUGGAGGCAACGGCACAGACAGUCCCCCCGUGGGACACUGGAUGGGGAAUGUAACGGCGUUUGGAGGGUUGCUGUCUAACAGCAGCUCGGUGGAGGAUUCGCCCGCUCAGGGGAACAGCUCCGAGCCCCCCUCCACCGCCAGCGGGAACUUCUUGAACAGGCAGGUACCGGCCACCACCCACGACCCCUGGACGCCCGGCAACAACUCGGGCCCCACCGUCGACUCCCCGCCUUCGCGCAUGACCAUCUGCCUGAGCAGGAUGGACAUCGUGUGGAUCGUGUUGGCCAUCAGCGUGCCUGUGUCCUCGUGUUCCGUGCUGUUGACUGUGUGCUGCAUGAGGAGGAAGAAAAAGUCGUCAAGUCAGGAGAACAACCUCAGUUACUGGAACAACGCCAUCACCAUGGACUACUUCAGCCGGCACGCUGUGGAGCUGCCCAGAGAGAUCCACACUCUGGAGAGUGAGGAGCAUGACACCUGCCUACCCCCUAACGGAGACUACAGCGGCAGCAGCGUGGUCCUGGUCAACCCCUUCUGCCAGGAGACCCUCUUCAUCAACAGGGACAAAGCUUCUGCCAUAUAGAGACAGAAAAAAAGGAAAAAAAAGAAAAUCGCUGCUGGAUUGACCUCCUUUACUCCCCCUGCUGUUGUUGUCUAUUUUAUAUAUGUGGUAAAUAUUCAGAGACUUUUGACUUUAUACUGUAUAUUACAAACACAAAGAGCAACCAGAGAGAAGAGCGACGUAAACAGACACUAUUUACUAUGAGGAUGCACCUGCAUAUUUUUCUGAUGUACAUUUUCUACAAAAAGGCUUAAUUGUGAUAAAAGGUUUUUAUUGUCUUUAUAAAAAUACAGAGUAUAUGUGGGUUUUGUUUCAUUACAGUGGCUUGAUGGCGAGUGCACUGCGGAUGUGGCCACAUGAGAAUCUGCUUUAGAGAGAGAAAAAUGUGCUAUGAAGACAUUUAAGCUGUUCUUUGUAAUUUUAUUUUUCUUUUAAGAUCAAUCCCAAAAUACUUAUAGCCUGUUGAACUUGAAUAUAGCACCUACAUAGUUGGGGGGGAAAACAGAGAUGUGUUGAAAAAAUGCUGUAUGUGAAAUCAGGGCCCGUAUUUAUCAAACUUCUUAGACACUAUAUAUUUAAGAAUCCUCCAAAAAGCAAUUAAUUUAAAGAAAACAGACAUUAAAAACCUGUGUAACUCCUACGUGUAGAGCCAUUGUUUAUUGUUUGACCAAAAAACCAUAUAUUUUACUCCGUGUGAUGCUAUUAUGUAAAAAAAACAUGUUAAUUUUCUGCCUGGCAAGCUUUUUACUCUUAAGCUGUGACACAAACAACAUAUUCUGAAUAUAUAAUACAUAUUUUUAUGAUAAUUCUGUUGUUUUUCCUUGUAAAAUCACUUUCUAGGCAAAAUUUUACAUAAAAAUCAUAAAAACACAAACUCAACUAUUAAACCGUGUAUAAAAAGUAAAUAUUACAUUAUAAAUAGCAGUUAGAUAAGAGGAAAUUGGAUGGAAUCUAAACAAAAAGAUAAAAAAAAAUGGAAAAGUAAAGAAAACCUGCUGCUGGGAGACACGAGCUACAUCAUAGACAUUAUUCAAUGAGGUAAAAGUCUUUGACAAGUGCAUUAAAAAUGUAUAGAAAAUUAUUCCAAACACUUGUUUUGUUGUUUUUACCCAUGACAAAUACAGAAAGAAGAAAGAAAGCAUCGUUAUGUAAAGAUGUGUUCAAUUUCUGUCUGUCCUUUUGUGCAGUUAAGAUGUAAAAUUAACUUUCUAUAUCCAAUAUAUUUAGAACAUAUAUACUUAUUUUCAUACUAAUUCAAAUUUUGCCUCAUAAAGUCACUUUCUGUUGUCCACAAAAACAUACUAAUGCAAAAUGUAACAUAUGAAUCAUAAAAACAAAAAGUCAGACAUUAAAAACAUGAAUAAAAAAUACAAUUUAGACAAUAAAUGGGGAUUCAAUAAUAGGAAAUUGGAAGAAAUCUGUACAAAAAGAUAACCAGAAUAGAAAAAGAAAGUAACCCUGCUGCUAUUAGACAAGCUACAUCCUAGAAAUUAUUUGUGGUCUUUUGACAAGUGCAUUAAAAAUGUAUAGAAAAUGAUUCCAAACACUUUGUUGUUGUUUUUAAUGCAGAAAGAAAAAAGAAAACACGGUGUAGCAUCCUGUCAAAUGUAAAUUAAAUGCUUAUACAUAUGCAUACACAUUUUGCUUCAGCUGCUGUAGUCAUAUAGAAUGUACAUAUGUAUAAGAUCUCUUUGUGAUUCCAGAUUAUUUUUAGGUCAAAUCAUGUUUAAUAAAUAGAAAAAGUGAAUUUGAUUUUAAAAAUUGUCUUUCAGCAAUUUGAUAAAUACGGGCUCAGGUUUUAUUGAACAGAUUAUUUGAGCGAUUCUCAGAUGUUAGUCAAAUAAAAGCGACUUAAAAUGGCUUUUCCCCCUCAUGUGUCACCAGCUUCUCUGAAGAGGGACCACAUAGAUGUCUUAACUCCUUCUGUUGGCCCUUUAUCUAUCAGUGUGUGUGAGAACAAUGCCCAGUCGGUGCAUACAAAUGUGCACUGAAGCGUGCGUGUGAACAGACCUGUCGCCCCCUAAACAAAUAUCACGGUUAUUUUAAGUCGAACCAGACUUUGUAUCACUUUCGGCUCGAUUUUGUCUGUUUGUCUGUGUGUGUCCGUCCCCGUGUGUGCCUCUGUGUGUGUGUUUGUCACUUGUCUAUAUCGUGGAGUGGCUACUGGUUUUGUCCCGGAGUGAGAAAAAGAAUUUCUCACCGCUGUAGGAAACAAUUAGACCAACCUUGCUACUGUAAGCGUCUCCCUCCAUAAACAAAAAGUGUCUGUCUGCUGAACUGCUGAAUGAUUGUGAGUUAGUUGUCGGACCAUUAUUAAGUGAGACCUUAAACCAAGAAAAGCAUCGAGACAAAUAAUGUAUGAUGAAUAUUUACUGUGAGCACAUACAGAGGCGGUUUAAUCGGAAAAUUUGAAUGUUCUGUUGCGUUUUAGAACCUGUGGUCCUUCUGUCAUCUGUUUCACUUUGCAUUGCUGCAGUUUUCUUCAGUAAUUGAUGCUGCCUGCCUCUGGUCGUCGCUAAAUUUCUGCAUUGUGAGAUGUUCCGAAAUCACCGAGUGAAAAAAAAAGGUGACGCCGAAUAACACAGUUAAACAUAUUGAUAUUUCCUGCAUUGGAUGCUCACAGCUGGGCUUGUUGUUUUGCACGCUCAAAAAAAAAAAAAGUGGAUAUUUUACAAAACGUUCAGUGGCACGGUGGAGCAGUGUUCAACAUUAUGUAUUUUUUGUACUGUAGUAUACACUGUACUUUUUACUGCUGAGCAAUAAAACAAAGAAAAGACAUGGA